AUGACCGCAGCAAACCCUCCGCCGGGCGCCUUGCCGGUGGAGCACCUCAAUGGAGCAGAUCCCUUUCUCGCGCCCCCGCAGGAUGGCCAGAGGCGAUACUCGGCCUUCGACAAUUCGCAGUUCUCCCUUUACGUAAACGGAUCGCCUGCCCAAGCCAAGCGCGCUCUCGAAGCACACUUGGCAGAGACAACUCGCAGGCUGCAGGAGACAUCCCACCUCGGCAAUGCUCUUGUCCAACAGCGGAAGGAACUCGAAGACAGGCUGCAGGAAGUGGAACAGCAGCAAGAGGAGAAUGAUAUUGGCGAGGAUCUGCGCCACAGGCUGACUGAGCUGGAGAAGGAGUUUAACGAGGUCGGACGGGAGACGGCUCGCGUCUUCCUCCCCAAAUCCCGCGUUCCGAGCGGAGAGACUGACGCUGCAACCGGCGGCUCAGUCUACUCGAGCGAAGCCCUCCAGUCGCCUACCAAAGUCAGCGUUCCGUCGCGGAAGCAGAAGAACCAACCGCCCAGUCGCAUCAACGAUAUCGCGCUAGCAACCGAAAUCUCGACGUCUCUGCUUUCCCAGCUCAAGGAGCUCCAGGCUGUUCUACUUGAGAAGGAUGAGGCCCUCAAGGCAGCCGACCUGGAUAGGUCCCAACUCGAAAUCGAGGUCGAGGGCUUGUCGCAGCGCUUACGAACCCUGGACGAGAGUGAGUCGCGGCUAAAGGAUGUCAACUGGAGUCUUGAAACACAAAUUCGUGAGUCUGAGGUACAGUCCAAGUCAGCGGCAGACAAGGAGCACCGCCUCAACCAUGCAUUGGAUCUCGCACGCACAGAAAGGUCAACCUUGGAAAGGGAACUGGAGGAGUUGAAGCAGAUGUACACAAAGCUCAAUGACGACCACAUCAACAAGAUCAAGCAGCACGAGACAGAACUUUCCAUUCUUCGCCGCAAUGUGGCCAUGACCGAGACCGAAAAGGGUGCAAUGCAGCGUAAAAUGGAGGAGCUCACAGCCAAGAACCAGCAGCUCGCACAAGCGAUUGCCUGGCGUGCAAGGUCCGAAGAGCGUGGUCGCUCUGAAGAUUCCUCGCAAGACGACAGCUUUGUGGAACGACAAUCGGGAACUCCAGAGCACUCGCCUGCUCCCUCACCGAGCAAGGCUACUCCCCGCCACGGCAUGCUCGAGACCGAGACAUUGAAGCACUCCCUUCAACACGCCCACCGUAUGAUCCAGCAACUCAAGAACAACAUUCACCGUGAAAAGACCGAGAAGAUCGAGCUCAAGCGAGUGUUGCAAGAUACCCGUGAUGAAUUGGACACAGCCCGCGCUCAAGUUGCACCUGGCAGCGCUAGCAAGAGAAGGAGAAGCGAAAAGGACAUCUUUAAGAAGCCUCCUCGACCAGAUCGACUUGGCGCUCUGCGUAGUGGCACCCAGGAGAUCAUUGAGGAUGACGAGUGGGAAGAGGAGGAAGGCAUGCCAGCUACACCUAGUCGACAACCGCACCUCUCUGUCUCUACAUCUCGAAUCUUCUCCAGCGGAAACAAAUCUGCCACAGAGACAAGCGCGUUCGAAGGGUUUGAGACCGCUAACGAGACAUCGGAUGCUGCUUUCGAGACUGCAAACGAACGUGACGGCAUGGCAACCGAGUCGGACGCUUUCCAAACAGGGGCAGAGACACUUGAUGGAGACAGCAGUGAUCAGUUAACCGAAACUGAGGCCAGGCCUCCUAAGCUGAGCGAGCGUCGUAGUCGACCCUCGCUCUCAAGUCGGGGUCGUGCUGCCUCCUACCAGAGCACGGCAUCUACGUCUGGCGAUGACUUCAGUGAGCCGGAUUUCAGGACACCUUUGCACCAUCAAAAUUCUCGUAUCCGAUUGAGGCCAAGCAGUUCUCGCAGGUCAACACCCAAGUCAACACCCAAGAUCGGCUCGGGCUUGUUCGCUAGUACACCUCCUGCAUCUAGGGAUUCUCCUGCAAGCUACAUCAGCAGUAGCAACGAGAAUACGCCUGCUCAAGGCAAGAGUCUGUUUGCGGAGCUGAAUGACUUGAGUGACGAUGACGGGAGCUCUGUUGAAGGUACUGUCGAAGGCACGCCAAGCCGCUCUAGUAUUAUACACUCGCGUCAGUCGUCAACGGAUGCACUGCGAAGGACCAUCACUGCUAUGCCCAGGCCACUUAUGGUAGACUCUGGUACCAUGACCGAACGAGAUAUCCCUGAGCCCAUCACCAUUUCCUCAAUUUCUAGUCAGGAUACUCAACCACAGGCCAUCCGCAUGCCGGUCCUUCAGUUGUCUUCUUUGCGUUCAAACGACACAAACCCGCAGGCCCCGCGCCCACAAGACCUCCAAGUGUCUUCAGUUUCUUCGCAAGGUACAGAGCCAAAUCAGGUGCUUCCACCAACGCUUCGUCUCUCUAGCGUUUCUGGAAACGCAACCAGUCCUCGUGCACCACAGCUGCCUCAGUUGGCUGUAUCCUCCUUGUCUGCCCAAGGGACCGAGCCGCAAGCUCCCUUGGUACCAUUGUCAGCAUAUUCUUCUUUGCGUUCGCUAGACACUUCACCACGUGCUGCACCCAUCACACCUUUGAACAUGUCAUCGGUGUCUGCCCACACAACAGAGCCUCGACAUGCUCUUCCAGCGCCUCUUGGCCUGUCGAGUUUCUCGUCUCAGGCCACGGAGCCCCGACAUGCUCCUCUACAGCCUCUCGGAUUGUCAGACUUCUCUUCUGAGGGUACAGAGCCUCGACAUGCUCUUUCACAACCUCUUGGGCUGUCCGGCUUUUCGUCAGCGGGUACGGAGCCUCGACAAUCUACUCCACCACCUCUUGCCCUGUCAGAUUUCUCAUCUCAAGGCACUGAGCCCGUCUCACCACACGUGCGAGAGCCUGUCGUUGCUUCGUUGGACGUUUCUUCCAUAUCCCACCAGGCUACUGAGCCAAAGGAAACCAAUAACUCGAAGCUUCUAGCUCCAUUACAGCUGUUGAGAUCGGCCAUAUCAACUCAGUCAACAGAGCCUGUAGACAGAACCGAGUUUGUUGCUGAGGCUCUCAGGUCCGUAUCGACUUCUGGAGAGGCUGCCCCAGUACAACCCCAGCAGGCACCUCGAACACAAGAGCAUCAGUCGCUGCAACUGUCAAAGGUGGCUGCUCACGCAACUGAGCCAAGAGAUGCGUCGCACAAGCAGACACCUCUGCAGAUAUCAGCCCUGGUGUCUAACGGAAUCGCACCCAAGGAUGCGCCCCGCACACCACUUUCAGCGUUUUCGACAACGUUGACCCAAGCCACAGAACCGCGAACGCCCAGCCGAGAGAGACAACAGUUUUCUGAAAUCUGCUCGCACGCUGCUACCGCGCCUGUUGCACCACGACUACCGCACAUGCAGCUGUCGAACUUUUCGGUCCAGUCCACGGACCCUGUCGAGACGCCCAAGCCAGCUCCACAGCAGCUUUCAUCAUUGUCUUUCGAGACAUCACAGCCUGUGGAGCCUUCAAGACCAGCUCUGUCAUCUUUCUCUGGUCUCUUGUCAAAGGCGACCGAACCAAUGGCGCCAAAGACACCAGCUUCUAUGGGUCUCUCAAGCGUAGAAUCGCAAGUCACAGAUCCUGUCAAGCCGGCACAGCAUGCGCCAUCGCAACUCUCAACCGUUGACACUGUCGAAACAGAACCCGUCUCGCCAAUUCUUCCUUUGGAAUCUGUCCUCAACGUGUCCAACGUACAAACAAUCCACGAUACUCAGCCUGAGUCGCCAACGCUUCCAGCGUUCCUCCCAAGUCCCACAAGCAGGCCAUCCACAGCGAACAGAGAGCAAGCCCCUGUCAUGAGCUUGUCAUCUGUUGCAACUCAAGGUAUCGAACCAGUGGUGCCGUCAAGACCUGUGACUGCACACAGGGACACUCCACCUCUCUCACUAUCGACCAUUAGUCAAACUGAGACGACUGAGAACAAGCAGCCAUCAGUGCCCAAGAUCAACUACUUUGCUGCCAGUCCAACUACGAGCAAGGAUGCCUCAAUCGACAUGCUUCCUUCAUCGGAUGAUAGCCGAGAGACACGCGCACCCCUUGCACCCAUAAGCGCCAAUAUUCCUGUUAAGAAAAGUCAAAUACAAAUGACUGACGGAGGAACUCAGACUAUGGUAUCUGCCGAGCAGAUUGACAAGUUACUCCUUGCUCGAAGUCAAUUACGGAGCGGCACGGCGGUCGUAGAAGGGUCAGAGAAAACCCUUUCAUCUCCUGGAUCACCUAGGAAGUCAACACCCGAUCCUCUCCGAACUCCAAAACGUCCUAGCAGCUCUGGAAGCGUGCGUUCGCGCCUGGAGACGCCUCCCCCACUACCACGGGACCACAAAGAAGUCAUCGCUGCUGCAUCGCUCAGACCCAUGUCUCCUGGAUCAAUGGGACCGCCCUCACUCCCUGCCUCAGCUUACAAGAAACGACCGCAAACGCCAACCAUCAAGACAAGCAACAGCAAUCUCACUCCCAUGACAGGCGGUACUACUCCACGUGUGCGUCGUCCGUCGCAGCGAAGCGGCGCGUCUUCGCCUCUCAGCCACCGAUCGUCGUUGUCUUCGUUCACUUCGGAGAUUGAUCAACGCUUCAAUAUACCUGGAGGCCCAUCGUUUGCUCCAGGUGGACUAGCUGCCGGUGCCACAGACCCGCGGAUGAUUCAAGCCAUUACUCAGACCAUGAUUGGCGAGUACCUAUGGAAGUAUACCCGCAAGACUGGCCGUGAAGGCAUGUCUGAAAACCGACAUCGACGCUUCUUCUGGAUCCAUCCUUACACAAGGACCUUGUACUGGAGUGACCGCGAUCCUCAGAGUGCCGAUAAAUCGACCUUGAAAGCUAAGAGUGUAGCUAUUGAAUCUGUCCAAGAGGUCGACGACCCCAACCCUCUCCCUCCCGGGCUCCACCAAAAGAGUUUACUCGUCAUCACGCCGGGCAGGUCAAUGAAGUUUACUGCGACUACGGGUCAGAGACACGAGACCUGGUUUAAUGCUCUGAACUAUUUGUGCCAGCGUGUUGAAGACGUUGAAGAAAAGUCUUCGCCAGUGUCAGAGCAUAGGCCUACAACUGCUGAGGAAAUUCAAGACGAGUUCAACGGCGGAUAUAGAAGCUCCUCGCGCCAAACCGGUCGAUCAAGAGCUUCAGUGAUGUCGUACGCUACUAGGCGCGCAUCAUCUCGCGAACCUGGCCAAGUACCCACGAUCCGACAAUCAAACUAUUCUCAGCAACGCGCACUUUCAACCGAGGCACCGGCUCAUGGCUCUGUCGCGAGUAGAUUCACUAGCAUGCUCCGACCAAGCGCCUCGGCCAUGCGAGGAUCUUUCUCCAGCCGGCGAAGCAGCAAGGCAAAUGCGCCGGAGACGACAAUGUAUGAAGAGCCAAGCGCUUCUCACCUGGAGCUUAGUCGCGAUAUCCACGAGCACUUGGAGCAAGAUGAAGACUUCAUGCCCAAUGUUCGAGCGUGCUGUGAUGGUAAACACGAUGUUGGACAUCUUCAUCAACACUCGAUCAGAGGUCGAUACGUCAAGGCCUCUAGUUCGCGGCCUUCGCUCUUCGGUUCCAUGAGCUCGCGGGCUCAGUCUCGAGCUGAGUCGCGCACAGAAUCGCGCACCGAGUCUCGGACCGAGUCACGUACAGAGAUGCGCAACGAACAACUCCGCCACCAAACCGAGAUGGAGGCAGCAAACUACUCAGCUGGUGCAUAA